AACACAAUCAUAUACGCAGACCUAGCAGCGAUUGCAUGUAGCAUAGACUGCGCCCAGAGGGGAAAACACUAUGUCAACACCACCGCCAGCAGAAUCAACGUCUACCGCAGCAGGACCGACGGCACAGCAAGCAUUGCACCAUGCAACCGAUCCACAAUUAGUGAAACAAGAACCAGGCAAGGAACUCGACAUUCAUCCAGACUUGCGAAACCACACAAGACAGCAGUCGGACAUCCAUUCACCAUCUCGACCGCAGCAAGGUUUCCAUCAGUCAGUUCAGCAUCAAGGACUCCAUCCGCCAGCUGCGCAGCAUCAUCCAGGUUUCCACCAGCCAGGCCCGCCCCAACCUCUUCAUCAACAGCAAGGUCUGCACCAAUCCCAUCAUCCCGGUCUAUAUCACCCAGGGCUUCAACAACAACAUGGAAUGUACCAACCCACACUGCAUCAGCACGACAUGUAUCAGGCCGGUCUACAUCAACCAAACCUGCAUCAUCCCAAUCUUCAUCACAUAGACACACAACAACAAGAACCACAGCGCCCAUAUUAUCAUGCACCCCAGCAGCCUGGUCCCCCUUUCGCACACCCUCAUCCCCAUCACCCACACCCACACUCACCACAACAGGUAUCGCCAGUCCAGCAAGCCCCUCACCCACCUCAGCAAAUCCAAGUCCAGCAACAGCAACAAUCACAACCGCAACCGCAAUCGCAACCACAAUCGCAACAGCAACCGCGGCAGAAAGCUCCAAAAACUCCACCCCAUUCUCCGCGGCAUCGUUACCUGACCCGCGAUCAACGCCUGCAAAUCAUGACUCUUCACGGCGCAGGUCACACGCAGCUCUUCAUUGCCAACCAGCUCGGCAUCACAUCGCGUCAAGUAGGCUACACAAUCCGUAGCGGCUCGCUAACUCCCAAAAAGCGCUCCGGCCGCCCCCAAAAGCUUUCCGAGGUGCAGUGUGAUGAACUCGAAGCCUUUGUGAGUGGUACUGGCCCCGCACCGUCCGGCAUCAAUGAUGAAGGCUGGGAGCAAGGCCGCUACAUGAGCUACGAGAAGCUGGCCAAGGGACCUUUCGCGAAUUGGGGCGUAGGCGAGUAUGCUGUCCGUGGUGUGCUAAGGAAGAGGGGGUAUGUGAGGAUCGGGCGAGAGUUGGUCAAGCGGAUGUCGGACGCGCCUAAGUCGAGGAGCCGCGCAAGAAAAAAGAAAGUUUCUGCUACGACAUCGACCGCUGUGAUGGGUCAAGACGAAGAUGGCGAGGAAGACGAUGACGAUGACGAGCACGACGAGGCUGAUGACGAUGGCGAGGGCGAUGAGGAUGAGAAUCCUCUCCCCCACCAAACCGACCCGCCACCACCAUCAUCAGUAGGGGCAGCGGCGCUGCGGGAUACAAACGGGAUCGCGAAUACACAUCCAGAUCCGCGGCAGUUCAGUGUCGGUCCCCCUCUAUCUAUGGGAAUGGGUGCACCAGUUGGGGAGGAAACAUCGGGUUCUGGCGAGAGCGACCGUGUCGGAUCUUCCGUGGUGCCAGGUAUGCAGCAACGCGUUUCGUAA